AUGGUUUUGGGAGGAGAAUACGAGGAGAGAAAAAAAUUCAUGACGAAAACUCGAGAUUUCUCUUCGACGGAGAGGAAACAAUCGUGGGUGAUCUCCUCGACGACGAAGCAAAGCGGCGGUGGCCUCCUCUUUGGGGUACUUCUCAGUCGAGUCGAAUUGGCUGUUCCUGUCUUCGACGAAGCGAAGAAAAGAGUGGGUUCCUCUCUUCGAGGACGAAGCAAAUCGGCGGUGGCUCGACGGAGGGCGCUGGAAGAGCAAUAUGGUGGUGAAGAAGAGGAUCCUAAGUUACUUGCAGCUUUACAAGAGAGCCAAAGAAGAGAAGCUCCAUAUGCAGGGGUUUUCCUUUUGAAGGACUCCUCAACUGAUUCAUCAUCAUAUUCUUGUACCUUUGAAACCCAUGAGAAUGUUCUUGACAAGUUGAAAGGCAAAGACUUGUUUAGCCGUUUUCAUCAAUUUGGUACUCUUGUUGAGAUUUCAAGUAUAAAAGGUAAGCAAGUCAUCUUUACUGGCCGCAGACGUCUUUGUAUAACAGAUAUGGUUAGUGAAUUGAACUGUGAUCUCGAAGGCUCUGAAAAGCAAAACUCUGAAUCAUCUUCCUCACUUUUACCGUUGGCUGAUGAUGAUAUCAUUGUUAUUUCAGCAAUUGCAAGUUCUUCUCAGACACUUUUUGUUUUGAUUUGUUUCAGCAACCAUUGA